AACAGACUCUGCACCCACAGCCAUGCCUGUGCCAGCUGUCCAUGUUGCCCUCAGUGCAAUCUGAAGUGUUCUGUGGCGCUGUCCACAGUGCUUUGUGGCACGAUCUACCUCCUUCUACCAGGGAUUGGGAAGAGACGGCUGUCAAAUUGCAAAAACUGGGUUUUCGGUCAUAUCUCUUGGUGAUUUCCUGGCGAUUUCUACAAGGAGUUGGCGAGUUCAGCGAAGGUUUGAAGUAUUACGUGGACGCCGUGGAGAGCCUCCUGCAACAUGGACUGGAGCCCGUCUUGGUCCUGGACUUCAACGUGCCUCAACAAACGUGUCAGGAUUUCCAAAGUCCUCUUCCUGCGCAACUUGCGCAAGUGAUGGAUGCCUUCAUCCCUCACGUACGUUGCUGGUUCACGCUCUUGGAGCACUCCCGGAACCAUCCAGGGAAGUCUCCAGAGGUGAAGCGUCGUUGGCACAGCGAGCACAGCGAUCCCUUCCAUUGCGCCAGGCUGGGGGAUGCGGCGGCGCAACUGGCCUUGGCACAGCAGGGCGUGGCGCUGGGGGUGCUGCUGGCCAUCGACUGGUUGGAGCCCGGUGACGCCGGUGACGGUGGGAUGGCGAAGGAACUCACGGAACGGAUCAUGAGGCGACAAAUGGCCAGCUUUUGCUGGGAGAACUCGGAGAAAUCCAAUGGAACCAAUGGAGGUCAUGGAAACAAUGGUUCUAUGAGUUCUAUGAGUUUGGGAUAUGGGAACAAAGCUGAUGUGAAGUCUCCGUUCAGGGAUCGGAGCAUCAUGAUCCUGCCACGCUAUGCUGGACAUAUUCAUGUCCUUGCACCCAGAGAUGUGAAGAUUUCAGACAUGUCAAGUCUGGAUUUCAAGACACUCAAAAAGAUGGUGAAAUGGUUUCGUGAAGAAGCAGGGCUUGCAGAUGAUGCCGCCAUACAUAUCAUUGCUUCCAUCCACACUCCGGUCAGUCAAAUCUUCCAUGGAAUCCAGCAUAUUCACCAUAUGAAUGAGAGACUCGGCAUCGAGGGAAUUCCACAAUCCUUUGCCGGGUUUUGGAUUGACGAGGAGAAUGCUAUGAACGCUAUGAGUAUCGAUGCACGGCCAAAGCUGCCGCAAAGUUUUCAAACAUCGUCCCCUUUUGAAGUCAUGGAGGAGAUCCGAAGACUUUUCUCGACUUCGGGAGAUCUUGGGGCUUCGGGGGCUUCGACUCUGUCGUUCUUAGUCGCACUGAGCGCUUUGGAACAUUUGGGAGACUUGGAUGAUCAGACGAUCUCCCGAAUAAGUGCUGCCAUCAAGGGAUCAGUUGGAACGGAUGGAAUGCAUGGAACGCAUGGAACGGAUGGAGUGCCACCAGUGGCGACUUCCCAGACGGCUUCCCCAGCUUCCCCAGCUUCCAGGCAGGCCAAAUGGGACAGGACUUUGAGUGGCGCCGUGAAUUUCCGCCGCAAGAAAUCCAGAGAUUUCGCGACCUUGGCCGAAAUGGAGAUGGAGAUCAUGGACCCGACAGGUCACCCGACUCCGCAGACGCAGACGCAGCAGAUCUGCGAUUUGGCGGCGCAGAUCUUUCUUUCCUGGCGCCGGAAGAUGCGAGGCUCGCUGGAGUCCGAGAUGAUGUGUUUCUGCGGUCACCCGGAUCACCCGGAUCACCCGGACCCGGGCCGAUUGCAUAUCCCCAGCAUCCUGGCCUCGUUGGAAGCGGUGCUUCUUCUGAGCCAAGUCCAGCUGCCGGAGCUGAGGUUCUGCCAGAAAGCCUGCCUGGCCCUGCGAGCUGCAAAGGAAUCCUCUACGAGGAGUCUACCGCCUCUGCAGCCGCUGCCGCUGCAGCCAUCAGCGAAACCAGCUCAAAGCCAAAGCAAUGAUGUUGAGGCUGCCGGCUUAGCAGCCCUCUUCGUCUCGUGGAGCCUGCAUGGGGCAACUGAAAAUGGAGCUCUGCGAUGGCCCAAUGGCUGGUCUCCCAUUGGGUUUCUGGUGGGAUGAUGGUCAGUG